ACUGUCACCGUCAUUUUUCAAAUGACAUAAACACCCUUGACAAAAAUUUAAAUGGUCGAGAAUCCCAACCCACAAGACAGCCGCUUUUUUGUUUCAUCUUCUUCAAUGUACAGCUAGCAUGUGAAUAUUUGUCUGUUGCUUUUGGGAUUUGUUCCUUCAUCUUUAGCUUUUCUUUCUUUUAACUCACUGAGCAAAAGAGGGAAAGCUUUGCUCUUUUGGUGAGAGGCAGAGACAAGGAGAAAAUGGAGAAAGCAUUAACUAAAGUUGGGAGCUUGAAAGUUGGAGGGUUAUGGAUCUCAAAGAAAGCUAAGGAAGAGUUCUCAAACAUCACUGAAGAUCUGACUACUUUCUCAAACACCGUUGAAGAGAAGGCAAAAUGGGUUUUCAACAAACUGAAAGGAAAGCCAACGAAAAGCUUGCCGGAUCUCCUUCGAGAGUACAACUUACCGCCAGGCCUCUUUCCCCAGAAUGUUAUCUGUUACGAAUUUGAUGAAACCAAGGCGAAGCUGAUUGUUUACAUGUCCUCUCCGUGUGAGGUCAGCUUCAAGGAUUCCUCGGUCAUAAGAUAUGCAACGCGUGUGAAGGGGAUUCUCCUUCGGGGAAAGCUGACAGGCAUCGAGGGAAUGAAGACAAAGGUCCUAGUUUGGGUUAAAGUGACAAGUGUGGCAGUUGAAGGCUAUAAAUCAGACAAGGUGUGGUUUACUGCUGGAGUUAAGAAGUCAAGGCCAAAAGAUGCUUAUGAAACACCCAGGGAUGCUGUUAGAGUUGAAGAAUUUUGAGCACAUAUUAUUCAUCACUGCUUAUUUAUUUGGAGGGGGUAUAGGCACAACUAUUAUAUUUAUAAUUUUGGGUUUACUGCUUAAAUAGCUUUGGAUGGUUUACCAGUAAUGUUUCAAAGGACUCCUUUUUCAUUUUGCUUAAAACGAAA